AUGGAUAAAGAAAGAGGAGGAGGGGAAUUAAAUAAAAGCCCAGAUAAAAAAGAUAAUGAUAUUCAAAAUAUAGUUAUUAUUAAUGAUCAUUCCGAUAUUAAUGACCAUCAAAAUAACAAUGAUAAAGAACCACUCUUAAAAAAACAACAAAAUUUAAAAAAACAAAUAGAUGAAAAUAAUUAUAUAAAUGGAUAUAAUAUAAAUAGUAAACGAUUAACUACAACAACUACAACAACGACCCAAAGUAAUAAAGAUACAAUGAUUAAUAUUGAAAAUUCACAACAAAUUUGUAAUAAUAGUAAUAAUAAUAAUAUAGAUAAUAGCAAUAAUAAUAAUAAUAUUAAUAAUAAUAAUAAUAAUAAUAAUUUAAAAAAGAAAAAUGAUAUGGUUAGAUCAUAUGAAAAUAAUAUAAUUUAUAAAACAGAAGGACCAUUUAAUGAAACUAUACCAAUUAUGAUAAAGGAUGAUGAAACUGGGCCAUUAAAUUUACCAUUUACAUUUUUAAGAGGAUUAUGGGUGAUCAUAUUGGUAGCUAUAUUUUUAUUAUUGGCAACAAGUUAUUUUAUAGAAUAUAGAUUUUUAGAUUUACACCCAAAUAAUAAUGGAGAAAGAGCAAUUCAUUACACAUUCAUUGCUACAAGACCAGUAGUAUUGGUGCCUUUGAUUUUCAUAAUUCCAUUAUAUGGUUUAAACGAUAGAAAAACAAGUAAAUAUAGUUUUUUCAUUGGUAUCGCCUUGGUAUUAAAUAUUAUAGGUGAUUGUAUAUAUUCAAUUCAAAUUAAUGAUCAACUUGAAAAUGUUGCAAAUAGUAGUGGUGGUGGUGGUACAGAUGGAGAUACAAAUUCUCGUCAAGAAAAUCAAAAUUUAUUAUUAAAUGAAAUGAUGUAUUUAUUCUCAUUAAUAUUUUAUAUGUGUUCAAGAUUAAUGUAUACAAUUGCAUUCUUAAUUGGUAUUGGAAAAAAUAUAAAACCAAGAUUAUUUCACUCAAUACCAUUUUAUGUUUAUUCAGCUACUUUAAUUUUAUUAAUUGUAUUUUCAAAAUCAAUUUCACCAUAUAUGAGUAGAAAUACUUUUCAACCAUUACCAGAUUUAGAACCAAAUAGUAAUAAUAAUAAUUAUAAUUAUAAUAAUAAUAAUGGUACAGUUAGUGGUGGUGGUGAUUCCGAUAGUUCAUCAGAUUUAACAGAUGUUGAUCCAGCUCAUUUCUCUUUAAUUUGUAUUUAUGGAUUUAUUGAAGCAACUAUGGUUUGGAGGGCAAUUUCAUUGACAUCAUCAUUCCCUGGUACAUCACCUUCGAAAAUGUUACUUUGGUUGGGUGUUUUAGGUGCUACUACAUUUGGUAUUGUCGAUACUUUAUUAGUUAUCAAUUCUUAUUAUCAUCCAAUCAAUGCUAUUUUCUAUUUAUCAACUGGUGGUAUUUGGUUAGGAACUUCAUUAAUAGUUUUUAGUAUUCCUCGAAGACCUGAUGUCAAAGAUUAUAUUUUUAAAGUAUUUAGAUUAAAUAAACGUGGUAUUAAAAUCAUUUCAAAAUCAAGAGCAUUUGAAAAUACAUUAGUUAAAGAAAAUAGUAUAAAUAGAAAAUCGAGUAUAAAUAAUUAA